UCACGGCCGCCCCGCCCCAGGCGGACCCGCCGUGGCCACGGCGCAUGCGCGCGGCCCGGGGAGGCGGGGCGGCGGCGCGCGCGCGGCGGCGGCGGGAGCGAGUGAGGCGCGAUCACUUUAUUUGUUGUCUCUGCACCUCAAAAGGGACAUGCAUGUUUAGGUGACAAACCACAGGAAUAUCAAAAUGCCUAAUCUUGAACAUCCAGCCUACCCAGCAGCCGACCUGCUUCACCUGGAAAAUUUGGUGCCUUGUCGAGAGUCCCAGGUGUCCACGUUGCUGUCAAUAUUUGGCGAGCGUCAGCAGUUUAGUUUUCCAUCCAUCUUUAUCUAUGGACAUACAUCUAGUGGAAAGACUUACGUGAUGCAAACUCUUCUAACUACCUUACAGCUUCCUCAUGUGUUUGUGAACUGUGUGGAAUACUUUACAUCCCGGCUUCUUCUAGAAGAAAUUCUCAUCCAGUUGCAAAGCUGUUCUGGCACAGAGCAGACCUCUCCUGUGCACUGUGAUACUUUGAAUGACUUUGUUCGUCUGUUUAAACAAGCUUUGGCCACUCAGGAGCUUCAAGAUCAAACAUUAUAUAUUGUUCUGGAUAGAGCAGAGCAGCUGAGGGAAAUGGAAGCAAACAUCCUACCAGCAUUCCUUAGGCUUCAGGAGCUGACUGACAGAAAUGUGACAGUUGUUCUGCUCAGUGAAAUAGUAUGGGAACUGUUCCGUCCAAACAUUGGGUGCUUUGAGCCAUUCACCAUGUAUUUUCCAGAUUACAGCAUAGGACAUCUGCAGAAGAUCUUGUCUCAGAAUCAUCCCCCAGAAUAUUCUGCAGAUUUCUAUUCUGCGUAUAUCAAUAUUCUGCUUGGUGUCUUCUACAUGGUCUGUAGGGACCUGAAAGAACUUCGGCAUCUGGCAGCGCUCAAUUUUGCUAAAUACUGUGAACCAGUGGUCCGAGGGGAAGCAAAUGAGCGCGACACCCGCAAACUCUGGAAAAAUAUUGAACCUCAUUUGAAGAAGGCAAUGCAGACUGUUUAUCUCCGGGAAAUAUCCAGCUCACAGUGGGAGCGUUUGCAGCAUGAUGAUGGAGAGCCUGGGCAGUUGAAAGGACUUUCUGCACAUACCCAUGUGGAACUUCCUUAUUACUCCAAAUUUCUUCUAAUAGCUGCUUACCUUGCCUCCUACAAUCCUGUUAGGACAGAUAAGAGAUUCUUUCUUAAGCAUCAUGGGAAAAUUAGAAAGACCAACUUCAUGAAGAAGCAUGAGAAGACCAGCAAUCACCUACUUGGGCCAAAGCCAUUUCCCCUGGACAGAUUGUUGGCAAUAUUAUAUAGUAUUGUGGACAAUAGAGUUGCUCCAACUGCAAAUAUAUUUUCCCAGAUCACCUCUCUUGUGACACUGCAGCUGUUAUCCAUGGUUGGCCAGAAUGACCAGCUUGAUGGACCACGAUACAAAUGUACUGUAUCUCUGGACUUCAUCAGAGCUAUUGCCCGGACCGUGAACUUCGACAUAAUAAAGUACUUGUACGAUUUCUUGUGAAAACAAGCUUCACAGCCAUAUGGACACUGUGACAAUGACUAAGGCAAGCUGUGUUCAUCUCUCUACUUAGCUGGCCAGAAAGAAGAAUAUUUUGGCUCUUUUGGAUUUGUCUAAACAGGUGCUGGCCCAGCAUGGAACCUGAUGAAAAUACUCUGAUUGGUCUGGGUGGAUCUGAGCAGAGGACUAUUUACCAGGGACCCUGGAGUAUUUGGAAGCAAUGUGUUAAUUAUAAACAGCAGGGUUUGAGCACAAUCUGUUCUACUCUUAAUGAUGUUAUCUUAACACUGAAAUUGCCUGAAACCCAUUUACUUAGGACUGCAUUUUGCUCUAUGAACUCUCCCCAGUGCUUUGAACAUGGCAGCAGCCGUUGUUUGUAUGCCCAGUCUUUUCACUUCCUCUCCACAGGAAUCUUUGCAAUUGCCUGCCAAAGCAGCUUUUCCUGAGGCCACCAUUUUAGGAGAGUGGAGUAGCAAAGUAUAAUAAACAUAAGAACAUAUUUAAAAAUCAAGCUGGUACAAAUUCUUCUUUCUGUUCAGUAGUAUGUAGGCAGACUGUUACCCUGUUAUAUGGAGAUCACGAUGAUGGGAAACUCCCAAUUAGUCACCAUACUGUCUUUUACGGACCAUUCAUAAAUGUUGACUAUGAAUGUAUUUUUACAAAGCUCUGUUGUAAAAAAUUAAUUGAUUCUUAAAAGUUCUAUCCCUAUAUCAAACUUGAAAUGUUUUAUUUUUGCUUCAUCAUUCUAUAGUCCUUUUAUGCUCAUCCUGUUACAUGAAGUGCUUAUUAUAGUGCUGCAUGGAGUUAAUGUACUUUUAACAUACACACCAUAUAAUGGCUUUUGCAACAGCCUCUGUCCUGUAGUGGAGAAUGGCACAGCUGCCUUUUCAUCAGGAAGGGAGAAAUUCAACAGGUGAACGAGUCUUUCUGCAGCAAUUCCCCAAAAGUGGUGGAACAGUGAAUAACCAAUGUGGUACUGUAACAUAAAACUUUGUCUUUGGAAAUACCUAUUUGAAUACACUACAAUCACAGCUUACAAGUUGAAGAUACACAAUUUAUGGAGCAUUAAAAUCCUCUAGUCCUCUAGCUGGAGGUUAUUUUCUUCAUGAAUAUGAAGAAUUCAGUAGUCCUCUUGAAAACUCCAGGUCCCAAAGCCUGGAGUUUUUUUGUUUUGUUUUUGGGUUUUUUGGGUUUGUGUUUUGUUUUGGUUUGGGGUUUUUUUUUUUUUUUUUUUUUUUUUUUUUUUUUUUUUUUUUUUUUUUUAAUUAUUAUUAUUUUUUAUUUUAUUUUUCUCCCCAACUGUGGAUGUGUGGCCAUACUUCUGGAUCCAGACCCAAGUGACAAAAGCAUCCUUCUGGCCAAGCUCUGGCUUCCUCCCUCUGGGGAGUGUGAAGGAGCAGCAAUGAGUCAUCUCCGUGAUCUGUUUCCCUUCCUACCGCUGAGCUGGAUCAAACCCUGCACCUGUCCAUGAGGUGGCAACAUUUGUCACACUUACUGAAGUGCUUGAAUGUAAAUACAUAGCCUGUCUCAAAAGUGUUUACUACCUGCUUUUGUUUUUACUUAUAAAAAUGUCCAUAAUGUGAACUUUGGGGUAAACUUUACUGUGCCUUUCUAUCUUGGAGCUAGUGCCUGGCUCUUGUGGAUCUCCUGUGUGACUACCUAGGGUUGCAGUUUGUAGUGGAAAGAAGUUUUGAGGUAACAAUAUGUCAGCUAAUCCAUGUAAAACAGUAGCAGUAGAUCCUAGGGAUUUUUAAUUUCUGAUCUGGAUUAAAAUUUGAUAUAUGAAACAUGAUGGGACUGAUACUGAUAAGUUAUUGUUAAGUGCUACAAAACUUGAGUCACAAAAUUUCAUUUUCAGUAACCUAAAUCAUUCCCACCAAACAGAACAGACGCUCAAAACUCUUCAGCUCCUAAUCUGGAGCACAAAUUAGACAUAAAAUAAAGGUCUUAGAAAUUAAGCAGUGAGAAAAUGUGGUGCUGCUGAUAGUUUUCUUUAGUCUAAUUUCUUCUAUACUAGCCUUAUGAGUAUUGGUGAUUAUUUCCAGUGUAAAUCCAAAGGAUAAGGAUACUAAUUUUUGACGAAUGUAGUUAAUUUGACUGAAAUAAGGUUGACUAGAGAAGAAGUAGUAACUGAGGAUUCAUUAGAUAGAACCACUCUCCUAACUUUGAAGGCACUUUUUUGACCUUUGUGAAAGACUCCUAUCAGUGAAAUAAAAUUUAAAGCUGAAUCAGCAGAGUAUGAGAAUGAGCAAGGUGACUGAAGUGCAAAUGAUUGAUGUAGGCUAUAACUAUGCUGAUGAUGAAUAGUAGGAUUUAUUCUGACAAACUAGAAAUAUUUCUAUAUAGCCAUGUCAAUGAGUUUAUAAAUUACUGCUGAGUUUCUUACUAGGUACCUUAGCAAUGUUCUGUUCUGAGACCCCAUUUUCAUGGAUGAGGCCUCUUUUAGCCUCCUUUGGGCCAGGAUUUCACCUCUUCUACAGGUGGUUUUGAAAACUAUGCAACAACUAUCUGCAAGAUAGUUUAAGUAAUCAGAAAACCUUCAGUACUUUAGUGCUGUGGUAUGUAUUUUAAAAAUAGCCAUUUUUUUUCAUCAUUCCUGAGUCACAAAACGUUAUAAUGCUGAAAAAAAUUACAGACUUAAAGCGCUUCUCUCCAGUGGCUGAUCCAGACAUUAACAGGAGCUGGGGGCUUUUCUUACAAGGAUAAAGUAAUGGAAAAAGAAAUGCAGGUAUCAUCAGUUGUGAAGAGAUUAGUGUCCUUGAAUAGCUCUGGCUUCAUCAACAGCUGCAUUUUGAUUCACAUAACAUGGAGAAUUUAUUUUUUAAGAAGGCUUGCAAGGCUGCAUCCACACGUAAUACGUUAGUUGGUUCACUGUUUUUGGACAGUGAUUUGUCUUUGGUUAUCCUAGAACCUGCUGCUUCUACUGUAACAAUUCCUGUAGCUAUUGGCUCUUUUGGGGUGAGAUAAAGACAUGCAUUGUUUAUUUCAGUACCUUCUAUACACCGUGUAAAAACACAUUCCUUCUUGCCAUUGGUGAAACUUUUCCAGUAUCCACCAAGUACCAUUUUGACAAGGCCAUUCAGGCACUGUGUUUUCCUCCUGUUCCAUAACUGGAACAGCCAGCCAUGCCAGGAGAAUAGUGUGAAGGACAGGAUUUCCAGCAGGAAUGUAGGAGAUGCUGCAUGUCUGUAACCUGCAAUAUAGGCAAUAUGUAUCCAGCCAAGUGUCUCAGGAUUAGGUAUUCCCUCUGCACUUUUCCUGGCCGAGAUGGCAGGGAAGAGUGAGAAAUGGCAGGUUCUUGAGGGCUUCCUGGAAGUUGUACUGUGUGUUCUGGUCAGCCCAGGCACUUGGGGGACACAAGAUUUACUCCAUCUAGAGGUAACUCCUACCAUAGGUGAAGUAACUUUUCCAGUUUUCUCAAUGACAGAAUGGCACAACUUACAAAAGAGCCUAAUCAUUGCUGGUAAAUAUGCAUUGGGAUAAAGAUACAGCUUGAUUAGCAAGUCUAAUCAUAGACAAUACAAAAUUUUUAUAUGUUUGUAGAUACUGGAAUGGCUCCACUAGAAAAUUGAAUGGGAGAUUAAUUGCAAAAACCAUGUGUUUUUUAUCUCAGCUUUGUUGUGAGAUCUUUUGCUAUGAGCAGGCUGAUUCAAAGGAGCUGUACAAUACUCAGAUAAGGGUAACUUUUUGAUUCUGUAUUUUUGUGCAUGUUUAUUAAAACUAUUUAAAGAAUAAAUCUGAAAGCAAUACAGAAAUUGUUUGUAUAUGCCAGCAGAGUUGAAACUGCAGAAGUGCAAUCCAUAUAAUGACCAUAUUCAUGUUUUCCUGAAAACUUAUGUCUUUAAAAAGCCACACCUCAAUGACAGUGUCUAUGCAAAACAAAAACCAGAAAAAUAUCAUACUGCUUGUUACUGGACAUUAGCAAUAGAUCAGCCAUAUAUAGCCAAUUAGCCAUUCUAAUUGGACAUCAGCAAUAUACACCCAUGUAGGGGUAUCCACCCAGGUGUCUGAUGUCAAGGAGCUCAGAAGUGUGGUAUUAAAAACCGACUGACACUGUCAAGCAGCCCUUGGAGGGAGGUGUUCCCAUGCUGUUGAACAAGUAAAUGUCUGACUGUAAGCAGGGAGUCUUGGAGUGGGAACAUGAUGUCCAAAGUACCACGGGUAGACUUAAUGUUGGAAGUGUUGUAGUGCACUGUACUUAGUACUAGAGCACCCCCUCCUCUGCCAGUGACCAAUACCCUGUUUUUCCAAAGCAGCAGAAGUAUCCGUAACUCUUCCUUUUAUUUGGUUGAAACUACAUUUGAUAAUAAAUCAUUUCCACUGGUGUGUUGCAGUUGCCAAAAAGGAUUUGAUGUACAGCUCUUCCAAGGGAGUUUCCAUCAACAGGCAGCAAAGUACUGAAACAAGAUCCGUGUUUACUGCCUCCUGUUCAGCCAGGCAGCUAGGCAACUCCAGUAGGGAAACAGGCUGGGCUUUCCUUUGAGAUGAAGCUGUGGAUGAACUGGCCCUUUUGACAGCUUUGAUGUUUUGAAGUAUCCAGAACUCUAUCAGACUUCUGUAUUCCUCUCUGUUUCUUCCUGUGCCCUCGUACUGCAAUUCUGUGUUAUUUUUUGAAAUGGUCCUUGCAGAGGUUUGCACCAGAAGCACAAUGAGCUCCUGGGUGUGUUAUCCCCCAAAGGAUCAGGAUCAGCAGAGCAGGAGGGCUGCUGUGGGCUGUCUGUCCCCCUGUGGUGCAGGUGUGCAUUGUUCAGCUAACCUGUUGCCACAUACUGCCUUCUGUCCUGCCAGGACUUGUUUGGAUAUUCGGAGAGAGGUCUGUUGUGUACUUGAAGGUGGAUGUUUGGCUUCAGCAAGGUCCUUUUCCAAAACCUGGUGCAGUAUGUUAAACCAUGAAUGCUGUACUCUCCUCUUGUACUUGGUGUUCGUGUUUCAUAUUUGUUCAGUUUUGAUGAAAUGCUGAUGAAAAGCUCGUGUCAGUCUCAGACUGAUUUAGUAAAUGUGAUUUUUCUUAAGCAGCACAGCAAAGGUGCAGCUUUGCCUAAUUCAUUCAGCACAUAUGUUCCAUUUUCCUGGCACAUAGAUUUUCUACAGAACAUGAUUUCUAAUAUGCAAAUAGCUUCUUUACUGCAUUCGAUUCUUGUUCAGGGAAAUGUGUGCUGCACAUUGUUUCAUGUACUUUUUUCAAAUAGUUGAGUUCAGAGGAAUAAAAGAGGGCUGGGAGAGCAGGAAAAUUGAGCUUUGCUAGCAGGCUUUCCUGGUACUUCAGCAGCUGAGCACUUCCUGUGUGUUCACGUAGGUAAGGAGAAUUUUCACAUAGGCACCUCCUAAAUCCCAAAUCAGAGAAUAGUUGUGAAGAGAGAAUAGCUAAGAGUGAUGUAAGUAACCUCAUUAAAACAACCUUGCCAGAUGAGGGGGCCUGUUUCUACAAAACCCAGCAAAAGAAGAAAGGAGUGUACCAGAGAGACAGUGAUGGAGAGCAAAGUUGUUUACCACUCUGGUGGCAAAAGCCUUGAUUAUAAUAUUGCUGUUUGCAGCUUGCUGUUUCUCUUUAGUUUGAGUUUUUACAGUGUUUAUGAUGGUUCUGUUCUCCCUGACCCCGUUUCCAUCAGUGCAAUCCCACCUGUGUUUUUUUCUUCCUCUGCCAUUUCACCCAGUGCACCGAGAGCUCCCACCGGGGCCAGCGGUUUGUGUGAGGAAGGGAGUGCCCUGCUCUGUGCCAGCCCUGGUGUUGCCAUCCUAGAGCAACUCAACAUCUCAGGCUUGGGAUGGCAACAGCAGAGAGUGGUUGUUUCAUCUUGCAGGGUAUAGGAACUUCAGCAACACUCCUGAAAAAGAAAGACGUGAUGUGAAUAAGCAAAAAGAUCUACAAGGGAGGCAAAUUAUGUUAUUUGUGUGCAAUUACAGCAGUUCCUGAAUUCCAGCUGCAUGGCUGAAUGAAUACCCAUCCCAUUUCCUCACAUUUACAUUUUUAUGCUGGUUUUGAUUAUUUCUUAAGGAUGCAAAUCAUUAAGAAACAGCAAAUAACUGGGAGUUCUGCUCAAACUUUCUGAGAACACCGUCAUGUUGAGAUUUGGGAAUUUCAGGGAAAAUGAGAAGAACAACCAAGACAAGUACACGAUUUCUCCAGUUAUGUAAACAAACCUGUAGCUCCUGCCUUCCGGGGAGGGGACCUUCCUCUCUGUCAGCACAGGCUCUUUCACUUGACUGAGCCUGGGGCUGGGGCAUGUGCAGGAACCUUAAAUAACUUCUUCAGUGCUACUCUUCACUUCAAGCAAGAUAGAACAUGUCUGGAGCUAUCAGUAAAGAGAUGUGUUUAUGUAUCCUGAGUGUGUUGCUUUUCAGUGGCUUGGAAUCCUUUAAAAAAUUUUAUCUAAUGUCAAGAGAGUGAGAGGGGUCUCUGGUUGAUUAUAGGAAAAGCAAAUAUGAUGGUUGUGCAAAGAGUCAUUUACUUUCUGCAAAAUAAUUUGUCCUCAGCAAUGCCUCUGUUGUUCACCAUCCAGUUUCUUUCAAGUCAGACCGCUGAAGAGCUGAUCCCUCUGAUUCAUUUGGGAUGCACUUGUAGAAAUAAGUAACUUCAUACGUAAUAUAAAGAGUGGGGAAGCAGGGGAUUCAACUGAAAAUUCAAACUGCUCUGCAUUGGGUGGCCCUCACACUACAGGAGUCAGAAAUCCUGGUUUCAGAAUGCUACAUAAAUAUGUGGCUGGUUUAUAUUUUCCUCAGAUGGUACAACUUCAUGUAUUUUUGGUGUGGAAGGCCAAAUGUGUGACCAGGGGCAGCUGUUUUCCAUUAGUAGCUAAAGAGUAACUCAUUGCUCAGAAAAGAGCAGUGUCUUUCAUGUUCACAGCCAAAGAGAUACAGAGAUAAUGGAGGAAGUCAGGUGGUGCUGCUGCUGUUUACUUCUCACUUUCCCGUCCUGGGGAAGUGAGGAUGGUGAAAGAACGCAGUAAGAUCAUGAAUAUCAAAUGAUACAGUAAGACAUGGAUCACCACAGGUUUCUGAUGAUCCAAGGUCUGGUACUUCGGGCUGCCCCUAGAGCUGCUGGAUUCUCUUUGGGGAUGUCAUCUUUGACGCUCCUCAAGCUACUGAACCAGUCAGAGGAGAGAGAGAGGACAGCUUUUCCUGCCUUGAUGCCAAGCUGCUGCUGUUGCGCUUUUCAGCUGAGGGCGUGAAGUUUGGAGCAGAUGACCUGGGCACACGUGUUUGGACACAGAGAUCUAGAAUGGUUACAUGGAUCACUGUGUGGAACAGAUUUACUCCUCAUUCAGCUUGUUUAAAUUACAGAAGAGACCAGUCUCAACAGGGAUUGGGCUAAUCCUUUUUCCUGUUUGUGUCAAACAGUUCUCAGUCAUUUAAAACUGGAAUUUCUUUUUGCAUGAAACAAGUCAGCAUAGGCUGCUUACCCAGUUCCAACUCUGACUCCUAAGAAAGUUAUUCUUUUAUUUUUAGCAGGUUAAGGAACAUCAUUUAUGCUAACCUUUUUUUCUUUUGAAUCCUUUUCUACAGAUGCCUUCCAGAAAUCUUUGGAUGUUCGAUAUGUUACUAUAGAUAUAUAGUAAAAUUUUGACAGCUUUUGUAUUCCUCAAAACCUGAGGUUCCCUGCAGAGACCUUUUCUUCACUGUAGCCUUAUUGCCAAGUUGUCAGAGCAUUAAUUAAACUAGAAGAAUAAGGCAUUGCAUGUAAUUUCCUAAACUGGAUGCCUUCAUGUCAGGGACAUAUCUCCAUGGUAAGAACCUGUAUAUAAACAAAAAAUAAGCUUGGCGACAGUACAAAAGCUCAUGCAGGCUUUUAAGUGAGAAACAUGGCAAAAGAAAAUACAGAAUUUAAAGCAAAGUAUUUCUUGGGAAAAUGAAGACCUCUGAAUACUGCAGUCAUUAAGAACAAAUGUGAUGAUUUUGUUUGGCUAUUUGGAGUAUUCCAAUGCUACUUUUAAUCUCCAUAUUUUAGGUAUUUAUUGGCUCAAAUCAAAAAGUGUUCUUAUUCUAAACCCCACUCAUUUAUUAUAGGUAGACUUAACAUAUCUUAGUGGGAUUAUGGAUUCUCUGUACAAGCACAUAAAAUUAUGUAUAGUAAAACUUUAUUCCCUAUAAACUGCUAAUAAUUUGCAUACUUUUCAUUUUGUUGCAUGGCUCAAAAUGUCUUCUUAUACUAUACUUCACCUCUCAAUUUGAUGUGCAUUUACUCUGCUGUUUAGAAGCCAAAAAAAUACAUCAAACAUGUUGAUGUUUUUUCUGCAAUAAAAUGAA